UGGUAGUAGUAAUGAAGAAUCUCUUCACGAUUAGGGCUUUUCAUAAAAGCCUAAUCUCUCUCUCCUCAUCAACCCGCCAUUUCUUCUGCUCUUCUUCUUCAUCAGCUUCUACAUUCGCUAUUAAAAAUGUUACAAAAUCCAACUUUGAGUCCGCGCUCAACGACCUCCGGCUCUACGUUAAAGACGCCGACUUUGUCGCCGUCGAUUUGGAAAUGACCGGCGUCACCAGCGCUCCCUGGAGAGAGUCCUUCGAGCUCGACCGCUUUGAUAUUCAGUACCUCAAAGUUAAAGACUCCGCUGAGAAAUUCGCCGCUGUCCAGUUCGGCGUUUGCCCUUUUCGAUGGGAGCCGCACAGACAGUCCUUCGUUGCUCAUCCGCAUAACUUCUACUUAUUCCCGCGCCAAGAAAUUAAGGGGGAUGAUACAUCAUAUGAAUUUCUUUGCCAGACAACCUCUAUCGAUUUCUUGGCUAAAUACCAGUUUGAUUUCAAUUUGUGUAUACGUGAAGGAGUGUCUUAUUUAUCCAGAAGCCAAGAAAAGGAAGCAUUGGGGCGGUUAAAUGCGAGGUACAAGGACCGUCUACUUGAUUCUUCUUCAUGCUGGAGAGAAGGUGUAGACACUAAAUUAGUAAGAGUUGCUGACAUUCUGUUUUCUGAGAGACUCAAGAACAAAAUCGCUGAAUGGCAUGAUGGGUUGUUAGGAGAUAGAAAUGGAGCAUCACAAACUUGGAAGACAUCAAAUGAUUCCAAACAACAAUUAAAAACCAUUUUCUUCAAGAUGCGUCCAGCCCUUGAUCUCACUGGCUUUACAUCUCAUCAACUAAGGUUGAUUCAGUUGGUCGUAAAGAAUCAUUUUGAAGAUCUUGUAUAUGCCUGUGUGGCUGGUGAAAGUUCCUCACAGCAGUUAAUUGUCUACACAGAUUCAGCAAGUGGUAGGGACUUACUUAUGAAAGAAUUGAAGGAUUGCCUUUGCAAAGAAGCAGAAAUGAAGAUCAAAGCUGCUAUUGGAUUUCGACAUGUUAUUGAUCUCCUCUCUUCUGAAAAAAAGUUGAUUGUGGGUCACAAUAGCUUUCUCGAUAUUGCACAUAUAUACCGAAAAUUCAUUGGUCCUCUUCCUUCGACUGCCAAAGAGUAUGUUAUCUCUAUCCAGAAGUUCUUCCCCUACAUAGUAGAUACAAAGGUGCUGCUGAAUGCAAGCACUGUCUGUCAAAAAAUUUCGAAGAAGAGUAGCACUUCAUUAUCGAAAGCAUUUGCCUUACUAUGUCCACAAAUUGCUUCGGGUGUUAAAACCUCUGGUUUGGCUGAUAAACGACUUGUUAAAGUGGAGGUUCAAGUUGAUAAUAAGAGGUCCUUAAACUGGAACUCUGGAGCCAAGCAUGAAGCUGGAUAUGAUGCAUUUAUGACAGGUUGUGUUUUUGCCCAGGCAUGCAGUCACCUUGGUGUUGAUUUCACACUUAAUCCAUCAUCGGUAGAUUUGUCUCACCAUGAGAAGCUUCAGGAGUACAUCAAUCUUCUCUAUCUUAGCUGGAUUAAUGGAGAUAUCAUUGACCUAAAAACUGGGGAACGUAAGGCGGACUCUAUUUGUUCUAAAGGCUUCAAAGCCCAUCACUCGAAGAUUUUGUUUUCAAACACAGUUCUGUUGUGGGCAUUUCCGGCUAAGCUCAAGGCAAGUGAGAUUAGAGAAUGUUUUUGUAAAGUUUUUGGUUCAUCUUCUAUUACCUUCAUCUACCACGUGGACAAAACUGCUGUCUUUAUCCAGUUCAGCAAACAAGAACUGGUAUCAGAUUUUCUGGUAUUGAAGGAAACUUUAGAAAGAAGUAAUGAUCCAAUCUCAGUUUUGCAUCCCCUCUCAAAGGUAUUGCAAGGGGGACGCACUCGUGCUGCCAGUUAUGAGGUUUAUAAACAGAUAUGCAGUUCAACUAUUUCAAAAGUUUUCUUUGCAGAUCAGGCUGAGGCCGUUGGUAUUGAAUGGAACGCCAAAUUAUCAAAACCUGUUUUAGAGGUGGAAAGACAGGUUGACUUUGAGGCCAGUGAAAAUCAGCUUUACACUGAUACUCGCAAUGAAACAGAGAUAGUCUCUGGGAUAGAUCCUCCACUUUAUAUGCAUAGCCCGACUGAUGAACUGGAUUCUUUGUGCCCCGCUGAAGCUCAGAUGAGCAAAUAAUGUAGGAAAAUCUUAUAUCUGUCCAAGAGGCCUCGUCUGAUGUCUUCUAAUUGAAUUGAUUGGACUAUAAUCAAGAGAAAGUAUUCAUACUUCAUACGGAACGAUCUCCAUAUAGUUGAUGAAAUUGUUCGCUGAAUCAAUCAGUUAGAUGUAUAGUGUAAGUUGUUCGCUGGUUGAAUCAGUAGAUGUAUAGUAACCCUUGAAACAGACAACCAAUUUUGUUUAACUGGGAGUCUAUCGAAUCAUCUUUUCAUGAUUUCCCUC